UGGAGGUUUUUAUUUUGUUUUGUUUGUUUUACUGAUACGCUCUUUUAUCUUAACGCAGCCGUCACCGUACGCCUGUAGUCGCAGUUGACAGCAGCUCUCUGCAACCCGGUGGGUCUUUAGGACCCAGCGGACACCUAGCCUGCGCGAGGGGCCGGAGCGGAGAUAAGUAACGUUAACCUCGGAGGACUGAUCAGAGGUCAGUUUGGAAAGCUGCCCGCUAAUGCUAACGGGUUAGCCGAGCGCCGCGGAAGCUGCUCCCUGUUCAGUUCGCCUAAAACAAACACUCCGCGGAGCGCUUUUUUGCGGCGACGAGAGGGGGAUAAACAAGCGGCGGCUAGCAAACAAGCGCUUGACCUACAUGUCGUGUUGUUAUGAAGCUAAAGUUUCGGACUGUACCGAUAAGCCCUGAGCCGUCAAGAUGGCCACCGAGCGGCGUGUGGGUUAGCUGCGCGGCGCCGCUUGGAUGCAGCCAGACGCGACAUUCCUCGCAGUCUGCGGAGUGAACCUCUCCAUUCGGCUCCCGUGGGUAAGGGGGGGUCACGCCGUGAGCCGGAUCGGCCAUGCAAGCCAACACGACGCGGGGCUUCCUGUGGUCGGACAUAGAGACCAGGACCCUGCUGAACAUCUGGGGGGAGCAGGACAUCCAGACGGCGCUGGACGGCAACUUCCGUAACAGCUUCGUCUACCGAGACGUCUCCCGCAGGCUGGGCGCCAUGGGCUUCGAGAGGACCCCGGAGCAAUGCAGGGUCCGCAUCAAAAGCCUCAAGCGGCAGUACCUGCUGGCGAAGGAGGGCAACCUGCGCAACAACGGGCAGUACCACAAGAUCUGCAAGUUCUACGACGUCAUGGAGCGGAUCCUGAGCAACCGGCCGGCGCUGGACCCGCAGGAGUUGAUGGACGGCGGGGCGGGAGCGGAGGAGGCCGGGGACGGGCUGGAGGAGGACGGAGAGGAUGCCCAGGACGGCUACCCGGAGAGCGCAGGAGAGUGUCCCUAUCCCGCUGAGACCGAAGUCAAGCUGGAGUACCCGGCGGUCCCCAUCCCCAUCCCAGUUAAAGUCACAGUAGGCAACAACAGCAUUUCAGCAAAACCGACGAACAGCAGCCAAGCAGCUGGCGCUUUGCCGGCCAGAACCCCUAAGCGACCCAGGAAGCGGCGCUCCAACUUCCCUAUGGAGAAGCUGAUGGAGCAGUUCCUGGAGCAGAGCGCUCAGGCCGAGGACAACUUCUACCGCGCGGAGGAGCAGCGCCUGCAAGCGGAGGACCGCCGCAGAGAGGCGGAGCACGCCAGGGAGCUGCACAUGCUCCAGAUGCUGGCCCAGAUGUUCUCAGGCAGACCCAGCUCGUCCUCGUCGGCUCAGUCCAAGCCGCCCCCUCCCGUCCGGCCUCCGGUCAUCUCCAGCACCCCCCCAUCGCAUCGUACCCGCAGCCCGUCCGGCCAUCUCAAGACGGACCAUUUCAGCCAUCCUCUGAGCGCAGAGCCUCAGGGUCUAGGUAGCAGGUCUGGCGCCGUGUGCGAGGAGAAAAUAAAAGAUGGUGCAGCUUUUCAGCGUUACUACAGUCUGGGCUCUUCGUCACACAAAGGCAUGGAUGAUGAUAUCGGCUCACUGGUAAAGAGCAUAGUUCCUCCGCUGACGUCCAAAAAGCACAAAGGACAAGACGGCCGCAUCGGGAUCAUUGGAGGAUGCAAAGAUUAUACUGGAGCUCCAUACUUUGCUGCUAUCUCUGCACUGAAAGUGGGGGGUGACUUAUCACACGUGUUCUGCACCAAAGAUGCUGCGACCGUGAUCAAAUCCUACAGCCCCGAGCUCAUAGUGCACCCUGUUCUGGACAGUCCCAACGCCGUGGAAGAAAUAGAAACGUGGCUCCCGAGACUCCAUGGCCUCGUCGUGGGACCGGGUCUGGGCAGAGACGACUUCCUACUGAAAACAGCCAAGGAGGUGAUUGAGAGGUCUAAAGCGAGGGAUAUCCCUAUAGUCAUCGAUGCAGACGGAUUGUGGCUCAUUUCACAGCAACCCUCUGUCAUUCACGGUUACCAGAAGGCCAUCCUUACUCCUAACUUCAUGGAGUUCACCAGGCUGUUUGAGGCUCUGCACCAUGAGCCCAUGAACGGCAGCGACCACAGGCGCAGCGUCAUGCAGCUCAGCGGCGCUAUGGGCAACCUCACCUUGGUGCUGAAGGGGGAGCAGGAUCUCAUCUCAGACGGCAACAAAGUCUACUCGUGCAGCGUCGAAGGCAGCGGGAGAAGAUGCGGCGGACAAGGGGACCUCCUGUCUGGAUCUAUGGGAGUCAUGGCACACUGGGCUCAUGCUGCUUCAACAGCAGGACUGAUCAGAGGUAUGAACCCAUCGGUGGUCGCAGCGUUCGGCGCCUGUUCGCUCACCAGACAGUGCAACAACCAGGCGUUCCAGCGGCACGGCAGGUCCACCACCACCUCAGACAUGAUCCAGGAGAUCGGUCCCGCCUUCAGGAAGCUGUUUGAGAGCUGAAACAGUCACCGGCCUAGUAGCGGCGUAGACGUUUAAUAUUAAAAUAAUGAGCUUUCUUCAGGUAGGCCGCAAGAGCGCCGGUGGGAGUUUGGUAGAUGUAUGUACACUACACGCACACGUUGUUUUGAAUAAACCGGGAAUAAAAUCCAGCAAGCGCCUGACUUUAUUGCUGACACUGGAUAGAAAAACGCAAAAAAAAUGUUCACACCAAAUAUGUUGAAGCCAAAUUCUUCAUAGUUUACACAGAAGCCUGAGUUGGCUAAAUAAAAUCAGUAAUUAUUGA